GCUAAGUUUCACUCCAAGUCCUGACUCUGCUUGGCCAAGCUCCUAACCUCUCCCUAGGUUUGGCUUGCACUUUCUUCUCAGGUCUUUCUCCUCUUAGACAGGAAAGGCCCAUUGGCAUUAUGGAGAGAUAACACAUACCAGAUGAAAUAUGUUGCAGUAGUAUUGAAGCCUGAGCAAAGGAACUCAGCGGCCCCAACUCAACUCGGCCUAACUCAGCCUCACUGAACCCAAUCUGAGACUCCAGGCAACUUGGGCUUGAUACAGCUCUCUAAUUCUAGAAUCAUCUUCAAUUCCAGCUACAAUGCUGCGUCAGGCACUUCGCAGAUUUGGUCAAAAAAUGGUACGCAGAUGUCCGCUGGAGCACCUGGUACAUGAGACUGUCUCUGAAAGAAGCCUGAGCACUCUGGAUUUAGUGGCCCUGGGUGUGGGCCACACAGUGGGUAUAGGUGUGUACAUCCUGGCUGGUGAGGUGGCCGGCAAUCAAGCAGGACCAUCCAUUGUGAUCUGCUUUUUGGUGGCCGGCCUAUCUUCUGUGUUGUCUGGACUGUGCUAUGCAGAGAUUAGUACCCGGUUUCUCCAUUCUGGCUCUUCAUAUCUCUACACCUAUGUCACUAUGGGUGAACUCUGGGCUUUCAUCACUGGCUGGAACCUCAUCCUCUCCCUUGUUGCUAAUAGAGCCAAUGUGACCUGGGCCUGGACCUUGGCUUUUACCAAACUGCUUGGGAACCAGAUCUCUCAGACCCUGCAUAAGAGCAUCUUACUGCACAUUCCCGAAGUCCUUGCAGAUUAUCUAGGCUUCUUUAUUGUGGGACUGGUGCUGCUCAUGGAGUUGCAGUCUCUGAGCAAUAGUCAUUUUUUUGUGGUGACCAAAGUGGUCACAUUGGUGAAACUUUUGGUUCUCAGUUUUGUCAUCAUCUCUGGCUUCAUUAAGGGGGACCUGCACAACUGGAAGCUCGCAGAAGAGGACUACAUACAGGCUGGACUCAAUGACACGUCUGGCUUGGGCCCUCUGGGCUCUGGAGGAUUUGUGCCUUUUGGCUUUGAGGGGAUUUUCCAUGGUGCAGCUACCUGUUCCUAUGCAUUUAUUGGUUUCCACAAUAUUCUUACCAGAGUUGAGGAAGCCAAGAAUCCCCAGUGUUCCAUCCCCAUGGGCAUUGUGAUUUCACUGCUCAUCUGCUUUUUGGUGUAUUUCGGUGUCUCUGCGGCACUUACACUCAUGGUGCCUUACUACCAGCUUCGACCUGGGAGCACCUUGCCUGAGAUAUUUCUCCAUAUUGGCUGGGCCCCUGCCUACUAUGUUGUAGCUUUUGGAUUCCUCUGUAGUCUUUCUGCCAGCCACUUGGGCUUUAUGUUCCCCAUACGUCAGUUGAUAUACAUGAUGGCAAAAGAUGGCCUCCUGUUCCCCGUCCUUACCAGGAUCCACACUGGCACAUAUGCCUCCAUUGUGGCCACUGUGAUCUUUGGCAUUAUUGUACCAAUCAUGGCAUUUUUCUUUGGACUCAUUAAUCUUGUGAACUUCAGGUCAAUUGGCUCCCUGCUAGCUUACUCUCUGGUGGCUUUUUGUGUUCUCAUCCUGAGGUAUCAGCCACAUGCCAUGCAGAAUGGGGGAGAUGAAGUGCAGGUGCAGGAGGAGAAUGGGGGAAAUGAAGUGCAGGUGCAGGAGGAGAAUGGGGGAAAUGAAGUGGAGAGGCAGGAGAAGAAUGGGGGAGAUGAAGCACAGGUGCAGGAGAAGAACAGACCUGCAGCAGAGAAGCUGACUCUACAGGGACUAUUUUUUCCAGGCAGCCCCACCCCCACUCCACUCUCUGGCUGGGUUGUCUAUGUUUGCUCCUCACUGCUUGCUCUGCUGCUGACUCUCCUCUGCCUGGUGCUGGCCCACUGGCCAGGUCUGCUUUCUGGAGACCCAGGUCCUAUCACAGUGGUCGUGCUGCUCCUGGCGCUCAUCACUGGGAUCACUGGGGUCAUCUGGAGACAGCCACAGAGCCCCACUCCCCUUUCCUUUAAGGUCCCUGCUCUGCCUCUCCUCCCACUCCUGAGCAUCCUUAUGAAUAUUUGCCUUUUGAUGCAGAUGACAGCUGCCAGCUGGGCCCAAUUUGAUAUCUGGAUGCUGAUUGGGUUUGCUCUCUACUUCAGCUAUGGGAUCCAGCAUGUCAUGCAGGAGUUUAGAAGGACCAACUCCACUUCAGUUAGGGCCUAAACCGUAGACCUUGAACUCAGCAGCACCAGUACACAUUUGGUUUAACAUUAUCAUAUCUGAAUGCAGUCUCUUCUCCUUACACAAUAAUCUGGAGUACUCCUAGCAUGUGGAAACUAGGCCUCCAUGAGAUGUUGGUAGGGGAACACUUUAUUGUGGAGUGAAUGAUGUAUGUUUACUCUUUCUCCUUUUUUUUUUUUUUAACUAUCUACUUUUCAGUUGUGUCUGUAGCUGCUUUACUGGCUUUAAAAAGAAUUAUUAUUAAAAGAAACUAGAAAAAGUGUAUUUGAUUUCUUUAGGUAAAUAUCCAGUAGAGGAAUUAAUUGAUCAUAGGGUAAUCAUAUUUUUAUGUUUUUUAGGAACAUGCACACUGUUUUCCACAGUGGCUGCACCAAUUUACAUUGCCACCAACAGUGCAUGAGAUUUCCUUUUUCUCCACAUACUCCCCAACACUUGUUAUU